GGCAGAUAGGCGACAGGGACGCCCCACGCGUCGUCUCACAUGACCAGGUGUCAUGGCCAGGCGAUGGCGAUGACGCGCAUGGAGAUGACGAACUCAACGAAGCGAAAGGGAAAAAGCGGAAUUGCCAUGAUGUCAGGCGAGGGACGGACAGGCAUUCUUGGCCAUCUCACCUCCGAUGUCUCCCAACUCCGAUUUCCCAAUUUCUGGGCACCACCACUCACCACAUGCUCUAGACUUUCUUGUUUCAAGUGCCCUUAGGGGCGACCAACGGUUCACACCCCACAGGUAGAUGGGUACACCACAGAUGUCAGCUCAUGGUGUGGACCUCAGGAAAGUUGGCCCAGCAAGCAAUUCAUUACAAGUCUGCUUCUCUGACCGUCGACAUCCGGAAUCAUGGAAACGCGAAGCAGUGGAACGCAGCACUGGAGCUGCUCCGCGGUGCGCUGCGGUCUCGCGUGGAGAUGUGCACCAUAUUCUACAAUGCCGCCAUCAGCGCUUGCGGAAAGGGUAAGCAGUGGCAGCAUGCACUGUCGCUGCUUGCCGAGGCGUGGGCGGAGAGGCUGGAGCCAGACAUCAUCAGCUACAGUGCGGGAAUGACCGCGUGCGAGAAGGGGAGGCAGUGGCAGCGGGCACUGGCGCUGCUGGCCGAGCUGCGAGAGGUGCAGCUGCAGCCAGACGUUAUCAUCUGCAGUGCCGCGAUCAGCGCGUGUGAGAAAGGGGGGCAGUGGCAGCAGUCGUCGUCGCUGUUGAUCGAGAUGCGGGAAGCGGCGCUCGAGCCGAACACAAUAUGUUAUAAUGCUGCGAUGAGCGCUUGCGAGAAAGGCCGGCAGUGGCAGCUAUCGAUUUCCCUGUUGAGGGAACUCUGGGAAGCCAAUUUGGAGCCAGACGUCUCACUUAUAGCGCUGCAGCGAGCGCUUGCGAGAAAAGCGGACAGUGGCAACAGGCGCUGCUAUUAUUGAACGAGGUGUUGCUUGUAGAUUUGGCGUUGGACGUUAUCAGCUGCAGUGCUGGAAUCAGCGCGUGCGAGAAAGGUGGGCAGUGGCAGCAGGCGCUUUGGCUUCUGAGCGAGCUGCGGGCUGCGAAGCUGCAGCCA